GCAACCGGGCUGCAGGGCCGGGCCGGCCGGCUGAGGUGGAGGAUGAAGCAGGUAGAGGCGCCGGCGGGCGGUGCGGGGCGGGGGGGCGGCGGCGCGGCCCCCGGUCCCUCCCCGCUGACGGGCUCCCCGCCGCAGGCGCUGGUGGAUGACACCGAGGAUGUGUCCCUCGACUUCGGGAGCGAGGAGGAGCUGGCGCUGCGGAAAGCAAAGAUCAGGCACCCACUGGCCACCUUUUUCCACCUGUUUUUCCGAGUGAGUGCUAUUAUUACCUACUUGUUCUGUGACUGGUUCAGCAACAGCUUUGUUGCCUGUUUUGUCACUAUUCUUCUCCUUCUAUCCUUUGACUUUUGGUCAGUUAAGAACGUGACAGGAAGACUCUUGGUUGGUUUGCGUUGGUGGAACCAGAUUGAUGAAGAUGGAAAAAGCCACUGGGUGUUCGAAGCAAAAAGGGUGCCUACAAUAGCUGCCUCAACUGAAGCUGAAGCUCGAAUCUUUUGGCUUGGUCUCAUUAUCUGUCCAGUUAUUUGGACAGUAUUUUUCUUUAGCACCUUGUUCUCCUUGAAGCUGAAAUGGCUGGCUCUUGUGAUAGCUGGGAUCUCCCUUCAGACUGCUAAUUUAUAUGGCUACAUCCACUGCAAGUUAGGGGGACAAAAAAGCAUCAGCAGAGUAACUUCAAGGUUUUUUGCCACAGCAGGUGUUCCCAAGAGACAGACGAGGAGAAUUUCAGAAGACCAUGUUGAAGAACAUGGGAAGACAGGCACUAGAUAGUCAAAUAAGGAAGAACUAAAAGGAGGAUCAGUAAAAAAUUUACGAAAGGUGUUCUUCAUAUGAAGAUAUUUAAGUAAAGCUCUUCUAGAAUUAUGCCUGCAUGAAAUAAUAAGGGGUUUAUGUCAUUUGUGUUUGAGUCUUUAGAUUCUGAAAGGUUUAGAGCCUUUGUUACUUACCUAAGUUUCAUCAAAAAGCAGUUUGUACAGGCACAAAGACUAUGCUUAUGGUUUAUACAGAGCACACUUCCUUAAGAAAAAAAAUCUGUCAACUAACCCGAAACUGUUGGAUUACUUUAACCAAGAAUUAGAAUGUAAUCAAAAGAUGAUGCUCAUUAGUUUAAUUUGGAACUACAGUGAACGAAAUCAAACUGCCUUUCCCUCUUCUACACAAUACUUAUUUCUCAAAGCUUUAAUUCCUCAAUAAAAAGAGGAAUUACAAUCAUAAAGGGCCUCUUAAAGAUACUGAAUGUUUAUUUUCUAGUGUUCAGGCUUAGGGUCAAGUAGAAGAAAGAACAGAAGUCAUGUAGCACAUUCACACAGUACUUGUGUGAAGCAGCCAGUUACGUAUGGAUAGUUAAAGUAUGAUAAACUUAUUCCGGUAUCUGUAAUAAAUAAAAUAUUGUACUUCUACUAUUA